AUGGCUCCGGCAUCACGACUGACCUCACCCUUCUUUAAUGACCAUUCAUGGUCUCAAGAAACAGCCAGUACCAAUGACAGCUCACAGUCCUCACUGUUCUCCCAACCCUCGCAACCCUCGACACAACCCUCUCGGUCCUCGUCACUGCUCGAACCCGAUCUGGAAGCAGACCUCGACCAGGAACAACUAGACGAGGUCGACGAACACUCUCCUGACGGAUGGGCCGGCUAUUUGAGCGCCCAGUAUCAGACCUACAUCGUCGACAAUUUGAAGCAGACCGUGUUUGAAAAGCUCGACCAGCUCAAAGCCUCCAUCACCUCCCUACAACAGAAUCAUGCCCGCCAGGAGAAAGCCAGCACAGCAUCUGCCAGCGAGCUCAGGGCCACCCAUGAUCAGAUUUUCAGUUUCCUUCGAGAUCUCAAGCCCAUUCCAAGCCGGCUUUCCGCACUAGAAAGUGAUGUCAGGCAGAACAAGGAACAAGCAGGCCAUGCCCUGUCCAAUCUCGACGACAAAGUCUCGAGCCUGAAGACAGACCUUGGCGUAAAGCAUGACGGGGCCAUGAGAGGUUUGAAAAGUGUCCAACAACAAAACAAAUCCCUCCUCGAGACACUUGAAGGCCUGCAAGGAGAGGUCAGGAAUCUCCAGCUACAACAAACACAGGCGGAUGAGAGACUGUCCUCUUUCCAAAGUGAAGUAGAGAAGGCACUAGCACCACGUCAAGCACCCCCGGAUGAGGCCAUGGACUUCUUGAAGCAGCUCCUUUCUCGUCGUGCCGACUUCAUGGGACUUAUGGAGUCGCCAACCACAGAAGCGAGCGGUGCGAACGUGCCACUUAUCGAAGCAGCGCCCCAAACCAACCUACCAUGGAGAUCUCCUCAAGACACUGCCGACAAUAGCAACUCAAACCAGUUAGUCAAGGCAGCUCCGAAGACAAAAGCCACACAGAAAAGAAAAGCGUUGCCACCAGCACCUGACCUCACGGGUCCAGAGCCCCAGGCGAAGAAGAGAGCGAACCCGAAGCGAAGGAAAGUCGACUUACCUCCCGUCAGUUCGAACCUGCAACCUCUUGAGAGCACGAAGCAGCUGCCUCCCGCCAAAGCGAGAAAAGCGCUUCCUGCCCCAGAGAAACGAUCAUCUGCCACGACCAAGCAGUCCGGCACCACGAAACAGAAAGCCCCCGUUGCAGACAUGGGACCCCCUCCUGCUGGCCCCAGUCAGCAGCCUCCUGUCAGGCCCAAGGUUCAAGACAUGAAGCUUCUCUUCAAGAAAUACAACGACGAAUACAAAGCAAAACCUCCCAAAGCCGAGUAUCUCUUCAUAUGGAAGUUCAUCAACGACAUCGAUAGUUCAGAGAAGCUGAUCCAUCUCCAAGUGCGCUUGUUGGAACUUUUACCAGAUCAUAUCUCGCAGAGAAGGGCGUCUCAUCGCCUUGGGGACAAGUUUAUCCAAAUCUCAAAGGCAUUGACCUGGGCGCAAUUUGCGAUGGCACUUGCUGAGGUGUAG